CGCGUCAUUAUUUAAUGAAACAGAUGUUUCCUUAGAUAUUGGAUCCACGGGUGAUGACUUGCACGUGUCCGUUAAAGUAAAGAUACCUGGGGGAGGUCUGGUUCCCUUAAUUGUUAUCAAAGACGCCAUUAAAGGAAGCAAGAAAGCCAUAGAGAAACAAACGGGCCUUAAGGUGUCCUUAGACAAUAAGAGCAUCGCCUUGAUGUCAACAACUACGGCUAGGCCGCCGACCACAUUUCCUCCAGGAGUUAUUAUAAGCACACCUACUAGAAGUAUAAUACCAGGUCUCCAUGAUUACUGGGCUGUCAUCGUGUGUGCCGUGGCUGCCACUUUGUUUCUGUUGGCUAUUACUUUAUGUUUUACCUUUCAUGCAAACAGGAUUCAGGCACCACGGGAUCGAAGCCACAGGAAUUCCGAUUCUGUACUUUCUUUCUCAACAUUUGCAUGA